UCUAAGUUCGAAUUCCCUCUCUAUGUAUAUUAGAGUAAUUUGGAAAACCGUCUUGUAAAAAGGAACACGAGUGACGAAGAUUAAUUUGUUUGUUUGUACUCAUAUCUUUGUAAGUGGCAUGUUUUGGGGGGAAUUGUUAGAUUACAAACUUAGAUAUUGGCUUGUGUAUAUUACAGUGCUCGCCAAUAUUGAAUUACUGUUCUUGUUCUAGGAUGCUGCUGUAAAACCUUCUUUGGUGAUGGUUUAUUUUGGUGGUAAUGAUUCUAUGGGGCCUCAUCCAUCCGGCCUCGGCCCUCAUGUCCCGCUUCCUGAAUAUAUCGAGAACAUGAGAAAGAUUGCAAGUCAUCUGAAGAGCCUUUCAGAUUCAACGCGGAUCAUCUUUCUUAGUUGUCCUCCAGUGAACGAGGCCGUAAUAAAUGAAAACAUAAGGAGCGGGAGUUUCAGCGAGAUGAUAAGAACCAACGAGUUAUGCAAACAGUAUUCAGAAGCUUGUAUAAAGCUUUGCCAGGAAAUCAAUGUCACAUCUGUUGAUCUUUUCACUGCAGUUCAGAGAAAAGAUGACUGGAUGAAUACUUGUUUUAUAGAUGGGAUUCAUUUUUCUGCUGAAGGGAGCAAGAUAGUGGUGGAAGAGAUACUCAAGGUACUGAGAGAAGCUGACUGGAAGCCUAGUUUACACUGGAAAUCGAUGCCAAUAGAAUUUUCAGAGGAUUCACCAUAUGAUAUUGCUGCUGCUGACGGAAAGACAACGUUCAAUCCCUCCAGCUCGACUUUUUAUUGGGAGAUUCAGUGGGACUAAUUUGCAGAUGGGGAAUGAUUUCCGCACUCCUCCCUUUUCCUUAGCCUUGUCUUGCAAAAUUGUUCACACUUUUUAUUUUUAUGUUUUAUCCAAUGUGGAAUUCAUAUAUGGAAUCAUUCUCACAUACUAUUUUUCUCUUUCGGCAUACCCUUGUUUAU